AUGCAGGGGAAACAAGAAGGAAUGAAAGAGAAGAAGAAGAGGAAAUGCGAUGCAAGACCUGCAUUGUCCCAAAAAUGCAGAAAUGAUGGGUCAUUACCAUUAAAGGAGAAGCAAAUUGAGAAACCAGCUGUGAGAGAGUGGCUUGACGACCUCAAACAUGCAGUCUUUGAUGCUGAGGACUUGCUGGAUGAGAUCAACUAUGAAGCUUUGCGAUGCAAGCUAGAAGGUGAAGCUCAAACAGCGAACAAAUUAACCAAGAAGGUUCGGAACCUCCUCUCUACUUCUCGUAAUAAGUUUUAUCAAAGCAUGAAUGCUAAGAUACAAGAGUUGUUACAAAGAUUAGAAGAUUUUGUACAACUGAAAGGUGCUCUUGGUCUGAGAGAAGAUGUUGGGAGGAAGGUUUCACAAAGAACUCCAACAACUUCCUUGGUUCAUGAACCUUAUGUAUAUGGUAGAAAUCAAGUCAAAGAAAAUUUAUCAAAAGUGUUGUUAUCUGAUGAUGCAAGCGAGGAAAAUGUGUCUGUCAUCCCCAUUGUUGGAAUGGGUGGGGUUGGCAAGACAACCCUUGCUCGAAUGCUUUACAAUGACAAUAAGGUGAAAGAGCAUUUUACCCUUAAGGCUUGGGCUUGUGUUUCAGAAGAUUAUGAUGCUAUCAGGGUAACUAAAACUCUUCUCGAGUCAGUGACUUCAAAACCUUGUAAAAAGACAGAUCUGAAUUUGCUUCAAGUUGAGCUAAGUGAAGAACUGAGGGGGAAGAAAUUUUUGUUUGUAUUGGAUGACCUUUGGAAUGAGAAAUAUACUGAUUGGAACUACCUCCAAACUCCUUUUACUUCAGGAGCAAGGGGAAGUAAAGUCCUCGUAACAACACGGAACAAAAGUAUAGCAUCUUUCAUGCGAAAUGUUCCUAUUCACACCUUGAAACCAUUGUCGCAUGAAGAUUGCUGGUUCUUACUUGCAAAACAUGCAAAUGUAAACUCUAGUUCUGAUCCAAGCUUGGAAGAAAUCGGCAAGAAAAUUGCACGCAAGUGCAAUGGGUUGCCUUUAGCUGCGCAAACACUUGGCGGUGUGUUACGUUCGAGGCCAGAAUAUGAGGUAUGGAACAGAGUACUAAACAGUAGCAUUUGGGAGUUACCUGGCGAGAAAAGUGACAUUCUUCCCGCUCUAGGAUUGAGUUAUCAUUAUCUUCCAGCUAAGUUAAAGCGAUGCUUUAUUUAUUGUUCAAUUUUGCCAAAAGACUAUGAAUUCAAGGUAGAAGAUGUUGUUUUUCUUUGGAUGGCCGAAGGUUUAAUCUCUCAAGGAGAGAAUGGGUACAACAUGGAAAAAGUGGCUAAGGAAUAUUUUGAUGAACUGUUAUCCCGAUCAUUGUUUCAAACGUCAGGGAAAUCAAGUUUCGUCAUGCAUGAUCUCAUCAAUGACUUCGCGGUGUUCAUGUCUAAAGGAUUUUGCUCCAGGUGGGAAGGGAGGGAAUCACAUGAAGUAGAAAAAGUUCGCCAUUUGUCUUAUGCCAGGGAAAAAUUAGAUGUUGCUGUUAAAUUUGAGCCAUUAAAAGAGACUAUGCGUUUGCGUACCUUCCUCCCUCUCUCUUUAAACCCAUAUUUCUCGCUUGAAGGUAAUUAUGUAAGUAAAAAGGUUCUGCAUAAUUUGUUGCCAUCACUAACAUGUUUACGGGUGUUGUCAUUGUCCCAUUAUAUGAAUGUCACUGAGUUACCUGAUUCCAUUAAAAAACUCAUUCACUUGCGCUAUUUGGAUCUCUCCUAUACGGAAAUUGAAACGUUACCCGGUGUUCUUUGCAGCCUCUACAAUUUGCAGACAUUAUUAUUGUCAAAUUGUUACGGUUGUAAGUCUCUUACUAAAUUGCCUGUAGACAUGUCGGAAUUAAUUAAUUUGCAUCAUCUUGACGUGAGUGGAACUAAAAUUGCAGAGAUGCCAAUGCAAAUGAGUACAUUGAAAAGCUUGAGAACAUUGUCCGCUUUUGUUGUGGGCAAAUCUACUGGGUCGACUAUUGGAGAAUUGGGGGAGCUUCGACAUCUUGGAGGAAAACUUUCAAUUUUGCAGCUACGAAAUGUAGUAGAUGCUAGGGAUGCCUUGCAAGCAAAUUUGAAGGAUAAGAAAGAUCUCAAAGAGUUAUAGUUGGAAUGGGGUGAUGAAGAUGCGGAUGAUUCCCAAAAGGAGAAAGAUGUACUUGAGAAGCUCCAGCCUUGGGUGAAUCUGGAGAAACUAACCAUCAGUGGGUAUGGUGGAAAAGAUUUCCCGAAUUGGCUAGGGGACUCGUCCUUGUCCAACAUACAAGUCAUGUGUAUUAGUGAGUGUAGUAAUUGUUCGUCGCUGCCACCGGUUGGGCGGCUACCUACCCUCAAAGAGCUCUAUAUAGGAGGAAUGAAACUUGUUAAGACGAUUGGUGUUGAGUUUUAUGGCAGCACUGGAUCUUCUGUAAUUCAGCCAUUUAAAUCACUGGAGAAGCUGGAGUUUAGGGUGAUGGCAGAGUGGGAGGAAUGGGUACCAAGUGGAAGUGGAGGUGCAGACUUUCCUUGUCUCCAGGAACUCAUGCUAUGGGACUGUCCGAAGCUGAGAGGAAGCUUGCCUUGUGAUCUGCCUUGCUUGAAGAAGCUUAGCGUGCGAGGGUGUGGGGUUUUACAUGAUCAAAGGGCCACUACUGCUACUAGUGUUAAAAUGGAUUACAAAUCUCUUGAAGAAUUGAGAAUUGGUGGAUGCCAAGCUCUGUUAUCAUUAUUAGAGACAAAGCUCCUGUCCCGACUUGAGAAUGAAAAUGUUGUUGACGUACAGUGCUUGCCCAACUGCAAUCGUCUUCAACGUUUGACUCUUUCGAAUUGUCCAACGCUGUCAUCGUUUCCCAAAGAUGGCCUACCCAGUACCUUGACAUCACUUACUAUAGAGAAUUGUAGGAGAUUAGAAUUCCUACCUCAUGAGAUGUUGGCCAAAUUAACAUCGCUCGACUCUUUGAGUAUAUUUCAUAGCUGUGAUUCAAUGAGGUCCUUCCCGUUGGGCAUUUUUCCCAAAUUGACGUCGCUUUUCCUUUGGGAUUGUAAGAAUCUGGAAUCCCUUUCCUUGAUUGAAGAAGAAGGAGUUGAUGAGAAUCUCAGUCGUCUCAGUAUCGCACACUGUCCAAAUCUGGUGUGUUUUCCCCAGGGAGGAUUGCCCACUCCCAACCUGACUGAAUUGGAAUUCAUCAGUUGCGAGAAGUUGAAGUCAUUACCUAAACGCAUUCACACCCUCACAGCCCUUCGGGGAUUGACGAUGGAUGAUCUUCCAAAUCUGGAGUCAAUUGCAGAAGAUGGGGGUUUGCCUCCCAACCUCCGACAUUUUAGCAUUAAGAAUUGUGAGAGACUGAGGGCUCCAUCUUCAUCAGUGGGAGACUACUGUAAUUGGGGUUUGCAAUCCCUUGAAAAAUUUGAAAUUGGUGGCAGGGGAAGUGACGAAAUCUUGGAGACGUUGCUCAAGCAACAGCUGCUCCCUACCACUCUUCAACGCCUCGAGAUCAGUCAACUUUCAAGUCUGAAAUCUUUGGACGCAAAGGGAAUUAAACACCUCACUUCUCUUUCUUUUCUGAGCAUCUCUAAUUGUUCUGCCCUGGAAAAAAGGUAUAAGAAGAAGACGGGAAAAGCUUGGGCCGACAUAUCUCACAUUCCAUGCAUCAAGAUAGGCAAAGAAAUGAUCAUAUGAUAUGAGCUCUCUCUCUCUCUCUGACACACAUUCCUUGCAUCCGAUGUUUCACUCUCAACUCUCAAAUCAAACUCAGGACAGCAUACCUUUUCGUGGAGAGCUUUUCAUUUGCAAGGUUUCUUUGCGUGCCAUUUCCAGACGAGGGGUUUGCCGUUGUAUAUAGCCUUACAAUUGUUACAACGAGGAGAAACAGAGAGGCUCACCUGGAAUAUAUCAGUUUGACGCAUUUCUGCAUCAAAUGUACAACAUUUUUAGAAGCCUGCUUUUGACAUAGGUGGCAUGGCGCAAACUUGCAUCCUUACUUCCUUCCCCAUUGGCAUAGGGGAAGUGACAAUAUCUUGGAGACGUUGCUCGAGCAACAGCUGCUCCCUACCACUCUUCACACUCACCGCAUCAACGAAAUUACAAGUCUGAAAUCUUUGGACUGAAAGGGACACCUCACUUCUCUUCAACACCUACGAAUGGAAAGCUGCCUUAGUCUCAAAUUUCUGCAACUUCAACACCUCACUUCUCUUCAAAGGCUAUAUAUUAGUUGGUGUGACAAUCUCCAAUUCCUGCCAAAAGAGGGUUUGCAGCCAUCUCUUUUUUUUAACUGCAGAUCUACAAAUGUUCUGGCCUUGAGAAAAGAACUCUACUUUGUCAACUUUGUUGGCUCAGCUUCCAAACUGGGGCCCACCACCAUCUCUCUCUCUCUCUCUCUCUCUCUCUCACAUUCGUUGUAUCCAAUGUUUCACUCUCAACUCUCAAAUCAAACUCAGGACAGCAUACCAUGGAGAGCUUUACAUUUGCAAGGUUUCUUUACGUGGCAUUCACAGAGCAGGGUUCACCAUUGUAUAUAGCCUU